GAACGCCCUUUUCCCUCGGCCAUAUCGACCAUCGCUUCACACCAGUGCAGCUCAGGGGGUACACUAUAUAAAGGGCGCUGUUAGAUAGCUAAAAAACAUCAGUUGUCCAAUCCUAUUCAACAUCUAAACAGCUCUAAACAUGAAGAUCGUCAUUCUUGCCGUUGUGUUCGCCGUCGCUGCAGCCCAAUCUUAUUCAGAGCCGGCGUACAAAGCUCCUGAAUCUCAACCCCUAAUGCCUUAUAGCUUCGCUUGGGACGUCAAAGACGACACUUCCUACAAUAGCUAUGCCCACUCUGAAAACAGCGAUGGCAAUGUAGUCACCGGAUCUUACCGAGUUCUCUUACCCGAUGGCCGUAUGCAAAUUGUUAACUAUAGGGCUGACAGCAAUGGAUAUGUCGCUGAUGUCAAAUAUGAAGGCGAAGCCAAGUAUUCAGAAUAUAAGGCACCUGCUUACAAAGCUCCAGCUCCACCGGCCUACCAGGCACCUUCAGCUCCCGCUCCACCGGCCUACCAAGCACCUUCAGCUCCUGCUCCACCGGCCUACCAAGCACCUUCAGCUCCUGCUCCACCAGCCUAUCAACCACCUUCAGCUCCUGCUCCACCAGCUUAUCAGGCACCUUCAGCUCCUGCUUACAGAGCACCAUCCCCUACUUCAGCUCCAGCUUACAGGGCACCAGCUACUCCUGCUGCUCCGGCUUACAGAGCACCAGUCACUCCUUCACCCCCAGCUUACAGGGCUCCAUCACCUUCUGCUGCUCCUUCAGGUCCAGCUUAUAGGGCACCAGCUACUCCUGCUUAUACAGCACCAUCUACACCCGCUGCUCCUGCUUACAGGCCAUCAGUAGCUCCGGCUGCUCCGGCUUACAGGGCACCAGCCACGCCCGUCUACGGGGCUCCUGCUCCUGCUCCUUCUUCUACCUAUAGAACUCAGCCAGUUCCUCUAGCCUACAGAGGCUAAUUUUUUAGUCAUUCCGCAUUUGAACGUCUUAUUUUUUUUUUUAAUUCUAGCAGAGGAUUACUUGGUACUUUUGAUUGUCAUUUCUAUAUCACAUGAAAAUGUUUUGUAAUACAGGAUGUUCUUACAUUUCA